CACCACUGCCAGGCCUUGGGCCUCCUGCUCAUCUCUCCUGGCCUUUAUUGCAUUACUCUGCUCUGCACUCCACGUCUAGCUCCCUCCCUGGGCUUCUUUUGAGGCUGCCACUUCGGCCUUUCAGGGCUGCUGGUUUCCUUUCCACGACCAUCACUGAUGACGGGAUUCUCAAUGCGUGAGGUCUCCUUUAGGGUGGUAGCAUUACCUUCAUUGGCGCCUUAAUUUUCACGCUUUCACCUACGCCGUAAUGUGCGCGUGUCAUGCUCUUUCGCUUCCGUAAGCUUUUCAUCGUGAGGAGGGAACCAUCUUCUCGAAAAGUGUUUGAUUAGUUCGCAAAUAGAUACGAAACCCUGAACCAGCAACCUGCAGCCAUUGCCCAGUGGAACCGCAGUUUGCCGUACCGAUCAGCCACAGUACAAUGCACAACCCUAUGCUCAGGUUAGUACUACUAGUAUGAUACAUGGGCAACACCAACAGUAGCAGUAUUCCCAUUUCGCAAAAUUCAAAUUAACUUCAGUAUUCCUUCGCGCGAAAUUCAGAUUAUCUCCGAGUGGCCAUAGAACGGACCCGUUUGAACAGCCAGCGCUGGAGUCCUCGUAGUCAUGUCAAUCAGAGUACUAGCCCUAUCUAAGCUGUUAGCGCGUACAAUGCUGCCAGCCUUACAUUAAGCAGUUACCCGAACAUAAGGCUUCGUCAUUCAAACAUCUCGUUAGGCUCGGUGCAAUAUGGAUUUCCCCCAGCCUAAGUUCCCGGCUCGGAUAGGCGGCUUGUCAUGGAACGACGACGGAGACGAUUCAGAUUCGGACGACUCCCCGGAGUCGGAGGCGGGAUCCAUGGGAAGCGGCGUGGGCCUCCUGGGAGGCUCCAGCGAAAUUCCUCGCUCCGAGAGCUCCGCCUGGAAACCCGGCCGAGGGGGGAGCGUAGGGGGCGGAGGGGGACAUAUACCCGGAAGCGGAAGUUUAGGAGGGGGGCAUAUACCCGGAAGCGGAAGCUUAGGAGGGGUUGCUGGAGAUAUAGCAGGUGUCGGCUUUAGCGGCGGGCUCAGCGGCGUGAUUAGCGGCGGAAUCAGCGGCGGGAGUGGCGGCGGCGGCGGAGGCGGAGGAGGGGAGAGAAGGGUAAAGUUCGACACCCCAGCCCCGACCGAGGCCCCGGCCCCGGCCCCAGCUCCUCCCUCAAAGCCGCGUCAUUCCCGCGCGCUGUCGUCCGAAGCUCCGGACUUGAUGACGGCCAAGCCUAACGUUCGCCGCGCGCGAACGACUGCUUCGGCGAUCUUCACUCGGCCCAACCACCCGAGCGUUUCAGGCUCGGACAGCAUCCCCCAAGACGCAUCCGGGCAGUUCCGCCGCCAGCGCCACGACUCCAUAGGGGGAGGGACCCCAGGCGCGGGGGGAUUGCGCCAGAUGCUCACUCCGGGCAGCGCCGCAGCAGCAGCCGCGCGGCAGCGCCGCAUGUCCGUCCAAUUCGCAUCCGGCUUCUCAAAACCCACGGGCUUACAACUCCCAGGGUCCGUCAGCCAAGGGGGGCCAAUGACCCCGACGGCUGCUGGCCCCACUCAAGCGACGAAAAAAGUGCAGAAGUCCAUGAUGAUGUGCAUGGACCCGACGUGCAACGCGUGCCCGCCUGAAAUGCACGCGUUGCGGAAUAAGAAGCUCAUGGCGCAGGUCAUAGACGAGUUUCCGGAACCCAUGGCAAGGCCGACGAGGCGGGGGGGUGGGGGAGGAAGAGGAGGCGGAGGGGAUGAUGAUGAUAGCGACUAUAGCUUUGAUGAUGAUGAUGACGACGAUGACGAUGAGUAUGGGUAUGACUACGACGCGGAGCAGGGCCAGAGGACGAUCGUGCGCUUCUGUGGGGUCACCUGCUUCACGUAUACGUCCAAGCCAAAGCGGAAGAAACGGAAGUCCCGAUGGACCAAGGCAUGGGAGGACUUACAGGACCUGUUCCAGCCGAUCAGCAUGCUGUGGCAGCCGUGGGGCAUCAUGAACCCGCACUCCAAGUUCAUGGCGCAGUGGAACAAGAUGUUUAUGGUGGCGUGCAUCCUCGGCUUCACCAUCGACCCCUGGUUCCUCUUCACCCUGCAGGCACUGCACCAAGUGCCGCCGGAACCGGCCAUGCUGUGCCUCACUCUCGAUUGGACAGCAGCCAUCGCCUUCAGUGUGCUGCGCUCCAUUGUCGACAUCUGCUACGUUAUUCAAAUCGUUAUUCAG